AUGGCGCUCCAAAACCUAAAUCUAACGGUAAUCGUCGCAACAACCCACUCCCUAGGGAUCGGAAAAUCCGGCACACUACCAUGGCAUCUCCCAACUGACCUCUCCUACUUCUCCCGCGUCACAAAGCGUCCCCCCCCAUCCCAAUCCCCAUCCACAUCCCCUCCGGUGUUAAACACCCUAAUAAUGGGCCGAAAAACAUACUUCUCCAUCCCUCCAAAAUUCCGCCCGCUGCCAUCACGCCGCAACAUCGUCAUCUCCCGUUCCUCGCGGCCGGAUUCUUUCAAUGACGCGAGUACCUGGGUCACCUCCUUCCCCGACGCGAUUGCUGCUGCGGGCGGCGACGGCGGCAGGAUAUUCGUAAUUGGCGGUGCGGAGAUAUACAAGCUUGCCAUGGAGGACGAGAGGACCAGGAAUGUGCUAUUGACUCGUGUUGAGGGGGAGUUUGGCUGUGACCGAUUCUUUCCGGUGGAUGUCAGGGACGAGGGAAAUACUGGGUGGGCGCAGAGGGGGCACGAGGAGCUUUGCGCAUUCGUUGGGGAGGCGGUGCCCGCGGGGGCUAGGGAGGAGAAUGGGGUGAGGUUUUGGUUUGAGCUGUAUCAGAGGCCUUGA